ACUUAUCAUGUCGAUGGAAAUCACAUGCGCAGAAUGAUAGAAAAUACGCCCGGCUGAUAACUAAACUGGAGGGCUUCAGGCAGGCUGUUCCACUGAGCUCUGUUCAUCAUCGCGAAAUCUCGCUGAUUUAGUCUCAAAAUAAUACAAUCCCAAACGAGAAUUGUGCCGUCUGUGAUAAGACUUUCAUCACUAUUCGAUACCUCCAUUGAUCGGAAAUAACAAUAAAUAAAAUGGUGUGAGUGACUGAGAAUAGUCAAAGGGGAAAGUGAAUCUUCGAUCUCCAAAAUAACAACGGUAGAACGUCAGUGAUCAUUCAGGCCACUUUGUUACAUCAUUCUAGUAAUCGUUGGGUAGUAAUGCCCAGGUGUCAGUGAGAUGCGCCAAUUCAGGCAGUGUAAAAUUACCAGUAACUUCGUAAGGAAUAGAAAUUAUUCCUCACUUUUAUAUCUGAAUAGUAGUGGGCCAAAUCCUCAAGAUGUCUGCGGUAGAGGCACCACCUUUCAUUCGUACCAUAGAGUGGGACAUGAUGGACAAGACCAAGUUCUUUCCACUGAGCAUGCUCUCGUCAUUUUCCGUUCGCUGUUGUCUGUAUCCUCUGACUGUUAUAAAAACAAGACUGCAGGUGCAAAGAAGAAAUCAUAUGUACACAGGCAUGAUAGACGCGUACAGAAAAAUAUAUCGAACAGAAGGCUUCUCAGGCCUCUACCGAGGCUUCUGGAUAAGCUCGAUUCAAAUUGUCUCUGGUGUAUUCUACGUGUCUACGUACGAGGGUGUGAGACACAUUCUCAGUCAGGAUCCAUUCACUGCUGGACUAGAUUCGAGAAUCAAGGCACUUAUUGGCGGCGGAGCUGCCAGUGCUGUUGCUCAAACCAUUGUUGUUCCCUUUGACGUACUCAGCCAACAUUUGAUGGUACUUGGGGUCAAUACAAAACAUGGAAAAUUGGUAUUUGAUAAGAUGGGAAUGAAUCCUCUAGGACUCAAUUUAUCUCCAGGAGUAUCAAGGGCAUACAUCUCUGGGGAAAUAAUUAGACUAAUUUAUCAGCGAGAUGGUGUCAAAGGAUUCUACAGGGGUUACGUCGCAUCUCUCUGUGCAUACGUGCCUAAUAGUGCACUGUGGUGGGGUCUCUACACGUUUUAUCAGGAUGAAUUAAUUAGAGUUCUACCGUCCUGGGUAUCUCACCUCUUCAUCCAAGCAGUGGCUGGAACACUGGGUGGAUUCACAACUACAAUAAUAACAAAUCCACUAGACAUUGUUAGAGCACGACUUCAGGUUCAACGAUUAGACAGUAUGUGUCAGACAUUUAAAAUUCUAUGGAUUGAGGAGGGUUUCAGUAUGUUCAAGAAGGGAUUAUCAGCCAGACUAGUCCAAUCUGCCUGCUUCAGUUUCUCUAUAAUACUCGGUUACGAGACCAUCAAACGAAUGAGCAUCAAUGAGGAGUACAAGAGCUACAUCCGUUGGUGAAGCAAUAAAUUUCAUAUUUUUAAAAAUCAAGUGACAGUUAUCCAAAGACAACAGUGAGAGCAGAAUUUCAUUCCGUAACCUGCGUGUGACAAUGUUUCAUUUCUUUUUUUAAUCCUUCAGUGACAACCAAAGCAUCGUGUAAAUAAGGCAGAUAGUUGAAUUUAUUCUUAUGUAAAUAUUCUGGAUAAAAAGGUUCAUCAGGCA